UAUUCGACAGUUUAUACGAUGCUCCCGGUGUUUUCAUUGGUUGUUGACCGCGAUGUAACCGCCCUGAACGCUUUAACCUAUCCGGAGCUUUACAAAGAGCUUGGCAAAGGGCGUUCUCUUUCUUACAAAACAUUUUGUAUAUGGGUUCUUAUCAGUAUUUAUCAAGGGUCAGUUAUUAUGUACGGAGCAUUGCUGGUCUUCGAUUCCGAUUUCAUCCAUGUCGUUUCGAUUAGUUUCACAGCGUUAAUUGUCACUGAAUUGAUCAUGGUUGCCCUUACGGUGCAUACCUGGCAUUGGGCUAUGCUUCUGGCACAGGCGCUUUCACUAAGUUUGUAUGCGGGAUCUCUGCUGCUUUUGGAUAAUUUCUUCGAUCGUCAGUUCGUCACAACAUGGAUCUUUCUGUCCAAAACAACAGCCAUCACAGCUGUCUCCUGUCUUCCGCUUUACAUUAUCAAAGCACUAAGAAGACGCUUCUCGCCGCCCUCCUAUGCGAAAGUGAACUGA